AUGUCUGAUCAACAAAGUCAUAUCCGCGACUUGGUUGAAAAGAAAUUCAGCGCAUUCUGUGCCAAACAAGGUGUUAGAUGCUGCUUCGAAAUUUCAAAUGAGAUGGUACUUAUUACAAAUUGGAUAGAUGCGUUGUUGUAUCUGUGUUCUAAACUUCCUGACAGAAAGCUGCAGUUGGCUUUUUUGGAUUUCUGUAUACAAAAGGCUACAUUGUUGGAUGAAAAAGUCAUAGAUCAGAUUAUCAAAUACCUUUUAAGAAUUUUCAAAGACACGACGGAAAACAGUUGUGUUCAAGGCAAACAAUGCGAUUCCGUUUUAAGUAACUGUGCAAAACUUAUGGUUUAUUGUUUAACGCAUUCACAUGCGCCAUCUAAUUCAUAUAUAUUUUUCAUGGAAGCCAUCGACCAGAUCAAAUCAAUAAUUUGUGGUCCCAGUAAUGUUGAGUGUCUUAUAAGCUAUGCAAUCUUAUUCAUAAAUAUUGUUAAAUUGGAAAGAAAAAACUAUUUGACUGAAAUAUUGGCUGUGCUUCAUCAAUCCGAGAAUUCACCUUCGUCAGAUAUCACAGGGAAUCUGUCUUUUUUAUUCCAAUUAUUUCAUUGUAGUAAUUCGCGAGCUCAAUUAGCAAUUCUACUAGCACUGGUUGGGAUCCUAUCUACAACUGAUUGGUUUUGUAAUUACGAGAAUUAUGGAAACAUAAGUUUGUAUGUUUUGUCUAUGGCUGGAUUUUCUGUUGAUCCAAAUGAUCAUUUGCUAAGAAAGUUUGAUCGGAAUGAUUCAGUUACUAAUUUACUUCAAUCGAAAAUAGUUUACAAUUGGUCCAAAAAGAAUUUAUUAAAUCACUGUGAGAAUGAUGUAGAAAAAAAUAUCGAACAAUUUAAUGUAUUCACGAGUCCACUUCUAACAUAUUGUAUAGACAUGAGAAGCAGUUACAUAGACGCUAUUCGACAUUCCGCUUUAGAUACAAUUGAGAAUAUCAUAUUUUUUCAUUUGAAGUAUUGUGACGAAUGUCGCCAAUCAAGAAUAUCUGAUAACAAGUUAAAAAUGUCUUGUGGUUAUUUGAAUGAAAUUUUAAAUCAGUUAGUGAGUGAUUCAUGUUACAGUCGCGGAACAAUUGCUAUGUUAACUCGAUUCAUCCGCUGUAUGUCUAGGACGCGUGUGUAUAGGACAAUCAAUUUAUUGAACUCUUUGGAUUAUGUUUUUCAGCCAUUUGUUAAUGACACUAAUUUAGAAAUUUGUGGAAGAAUUGUUUCAGGAUUGAUGAAGAUUGCCGAUGAUCCUAACUUGGCGUCAGAAAUUUCGGAAUUGUAUGCAUUAAUUACGCAAAACUUGUACACUGAGAAUGAUCCACUAAUUUAUGUAUGGUUAUCUGGUUUAGUCGAUACCUUUAUUCGUAACUCUAACGAACCAUUUCAUUCUACAGUUAUUCAGAAUAUUCUACCUAGUUUAGUAAAAAGCAAUCCUAAAUUGUUGGAAUUACUGGUAAAACGUUGCAACAGUGACUCAGUAAAAAUGAAUACUGACUUGCCUACGUUCCUACUAACUUGUUAUAAUCUUUUAUCAUUUAAUGGAAUGAAAACUGACUGUUGUGAAUACUUGUCGUUAAAUUUCUUAUCAUCAUGUCUUCGCUCAUAUGAUAACCAGUUACGUCUUACAGCUUUAAAUGUUUUAGUAAGUUUAAUUAUAAAAUCCAAACAAAAAAUGAUCUUAUCAAACGAAAAAUUGGAAAUGUUUCUUAAUUAUCUCAGACACGAUUUGUGGCCAAAUUCAAAGCGUAUACACGGCCAAAUUGUCAGUGCAAUUAAAGAUAUUUUAUUGCAUACACUUCCAAUUAUGAAACGUGAAACAAACGAUACCAAUUUAAAUAAUCUUAAAUCGUUUCAUGUUGAAAUGGUUCAUAUCUUGAUGACAUGUAUUUACCCUGGAUCACCAGCAUCUCGUCUAUCAUUAGGCUUAGCUGGAUUAUACACAGUUGUUGAAUGCUUUCAUUCUGUUUUUUAUACCGAUGGUUAUUCAGAGUUCACGGCACAAAUUAUGAGUUGUUUAAUUAAAGCAUCUCAAAAUGUAUAUACAAUACCUUCAUUUACCGAUGAAAAUUUUAAACCAAUCGAUCACUCAACGUCACAGCUGCUUUUUCUCUUUUUGAUUGGCUUAUGCAGUCGAUUUGAUGUUGACCGAGAUUAUACCGUGAAAAUACUGUUGAGAUUGGAUGUUUUAAAACAACUUAAUCCUAAUUAUAUCAAUAAAUUAUGGACUGAUACACUAGAAAUCUAUGCUCAAAGUUCCAAACCGGAUGUCAGUUCUAUUGCUGGCGAUAUAUUACGUUUUCUUAUAUAUGAUGAGAAACUUAUACAAGCAAUUGAUUGUCUACUCAACCAACUUCAAGAACAAAUUAUAAUUUGUGAAAAAUUACCAGUAAUUGGUUUAAUGUCUGUGGCAACUUAUAAACCAUUUUAUGCUAUACUUAGUACAGUCCGUUCUAUUAUUGGUGUCACCUCAUCAUCACCAUUGAAUAAGAAAAAUAAAAAGCCUACCGAUGCUCAAACUUGGAGUAGCACAUCAAUUAAGGCAGAAUCCUUGUUCAAACAAAUUAAUGGAGUAAAUGUUAUCGAGCGUAUAAUUUCACUAGGUCUUCGUAUAUCUGAAAUUGUGCUACCAGUUGUUGGACAUGAAUCACCUGAAGGUGUCUUGUUAACUUCACAACAAGACGUAAUCAUUGAUGAUAUUAAAACUGCAGAUGAAGAAGCUUCUCAAUUGUAUAAAUUUUAUGAAAAAACACGAAAUCAUCCAGAAUAUUUAAUUUUAUGUUGUUGGCGUUCUGUUCGUGAAUUAUCUUUACUUAUGGGUAUAUCACUUGUCUCAUACGGUUUGAAUAAAUUCGAUAGUGAUCAAACAAAACCAAAAGAGAUUUUUUCUAUUGCCCGAUUUUUCUGUACUCAGUUACUUUGUUGCCGCCAUCGUGGGGCAUUUGAACUGUGUGCAACUGGAUUUGCAAACUUUUGUACUGCGCUUGUAAAUCAUCCAGCUUAUUUUACAAUUCCUAUUCAUUGGCUUAACGCAGUCACUGGUCAAACUUUGUCAUUAAAUGAAAAGUCGACAAACGAUUGUUCGACUGUAGUAGAAAAUAUUGAUUUUUCACUAGAAUCAUGUAUGGGAAAACAUAAUACAAUGGAAUGUAUCACUCGUCGUGGUGCCGGUUACCCUUUAUUUGUUCAGGCUAUUUUAACUGCAUAUUUAACCCGUCAAACUAAUGUAUCAACAACAACACUUACAAAUACAGUCUGCUGUUUACUCAAAUCAGUUAAAACGUUUCUUUGUAACAACAAUCUUCAACAGUCCAACAACCUUAUACGAAAUGCUUCCAUACUUUUUUAUAGUACACUAGUUCAACGUAUUUUUGGUGUAAAUCGAUCAAAUGCAGUUAAAAGUCGAAAAAAUUGCUUAGCAACAUCAACAUUUUUCAAACGUUAUCCGAAAUUUGAACACUACUUGGUUGAAACACUUACAUCGUACUCAAAGAAUACAAACAUUCCACAUUCAAGUUCUUUCAAAUUGUACAGUUUACUUCAUUUGAUGACACACCUACUACCAUCCCUACAAGUUACUGGGAUUGAUAAGACGUUAUAUAAACUACUUAUUAGGUGUGGUUUCAGUGAUGACAUACGUAUACGUAAAGUUGCUUCAUUAGCUUUAACCUCAAUUAUACAUCCAUGUGUUAUCAUGACUACAUUAAACCAUUUAUUCGAUUUAAUGGAACUAUUUCAUGAAUCAAUACCAGUUAAAAGAUGGUGCAAUAUUCGAUUGAAUAUAUUACAUGGUCUACUUUUACAGAUAUAUGCAUUGAUAUAUUCUAAUAUGGAUAUUCAUGAUAGUACACCAUCAGUUUACACUGUUUCAACUAUAUCGUAUCUUUCAAAAUCGAAUUAUUUAACAAUUAUAAAUCGUUUAAAGUCAUCAUUCUCUUGGUUAAAUGAUUCAGCAUAUGUUACAUGUACAAUUAUUAAACAAUUAUAUAUGAAAAUAUUAAAUUGUCAUUAUAAUCAACCUAUACAGAUUGAAACUAAUGUAUAUGGUCUUGAAUAUGAUUGUUUGAUAACACAUAUUUAUGUUCUGAUUGAUUGUACAUUGAACAAUUCAGAAAAUUCUGCUCUUUCUCCUACUACAUUUUAUUUAGAUUUAAUAAAAUGGACUAAAUCUAUGAAUUCAAUGAAUCUUCUUGCAGUUGCACUUCGUCGAAUUUGUUCAUAUUUACACUCAACACUUGCUCAUCCCACAUUGAAUGAUAACAAUUUCGAUAUAGAAGAUAUUAAUGAAAUUAUUGAUGCCAGUGAACACUUGAAUUCGUCAAUAUUCAAUAAAUUAAAAACAUUGUUUCCAUUUCAAACUUUAUUUCAAAAUUUUAUUCGUCUAUAUUUUCGGUUAGAUGAAAAUAUUCCACAUAAUAAUAAUCAUAAAGAUGACGAAGUGUAUCGAUAUGCAUUUGCUUUAUUAACUAUAGAAUUGCAACAACAUCAAAGUAAUCAUGAUUCCACGGAUAUCUCAAAGAAAUUAAUUCUGGCAGCUUUUCGUUGGAGUUGUAAACAAAUGAAAUUUCUAUUUAAAAAAAUGAAAUGCUUAAAUUCACCACCAAUCUACUUAGCAGCAUUUAUACGUUUUCAUACUAAAUUGAUCACAGUUAUAUAUAAUAAGGAGAGUGACGUUCCAUUAAUUAUGUUUCAAUUCUGUAAUUUGGGCAAUGUUUGUUUCAGUAUAUUGCAACACUCACAUACUACUACUACUACUACACAUGUUUGUUUAGAAGUAAAAUAUGCUGUUUUGCAUUCGAUUUUUGUAUUAAGAAUUUUUGUUAAUUGGUUAUCAUUUUCGUCGGAGGAAGACAUAAAGAAAGUUUUUCUUCGAUCAUUCGAUAUUCUAAUCGAGAAUAUUAAUGAUUUGGAAAGUUCUAAACUACAAAAAUUGACAUGUAAGACCGUUCAGAAUAUCUUGAUGUUCAGUGAUCCAGAAUUUCAAUUUGUGUUUGUCCACUAGAUAUAAUUCAGUACAAUUUUGGAUAAUCAUCAAUUGUAAUUUUGCACCAACGAUCUUACUUCACAAUCCUUAAUUCGUGUAUUGUAUGAAGACAGUCAGUUGAAAUCUGUGAACUAAGAUUCAAUCGCCUACUGCCAUCCAUUAUUGAAAUACAUUUUCCGGUUUAAGAUAAUUAUGUACCACAACCUUUUUUUUUAUUAUUAGAAGCUUUAUUCAACAUUAUAUUUUUGGUACAACAUAGAAUUCUCAGCAUAAAGUAUUUCAACAAGUUUCCUUUUCUUAUACCUUGAUCUAUUGUGACGAUAAAUUUUGAAUGAUGACCGGUUAGAUGUUAGGAGUUCGGUAAUCCACAUUUGAUUAAUGUUCGUUCGUUUCAAUGCAUAUUGCCAGCCACCAUGAUGUCGAUGAUUGCACCUUUUUGUAUCACGUAUAGCGAAAGGUUGUAAACUUUUCAUAAACGCGCCUGGAUAGGUUGUGUGCUUAAUGAACAUAAUGAUGAACUAAAACAAACAACAAAACAGAUAACUUGAUGAAAUAUGUAGAUCGGAGGAACAGGUAGCCCAGGUAUUCAAGCAGUCCGUCUGCUAAUCAAUGGGGCUAGUGUACUAUUAUCCAACAGUUCGUCGUUGACUGAGAUGGUUAACAAUAGUGUGAUGCUUGCAUCUCUAUCAUCUACCUUGACAUCCAAUGUUGGUUGACAUAGAACUAGAUUGAAAAACGAGAAGGUUGGAAAAAUUAACAGAUGCCAUCAUUUCAUGAAGUUAUUAG